AUGUUCAAGUUACUUACAGUGGUUGCGGUUAUGGCUACCGGUAUGUGAUUACAAAUGUUUAUGCAGUAAAUUUGUGACUUAUUACCAUCUGAUUUUUAGUAAUUUCCGCCCACUCCGAAGGCGAAGGAAUGUUUGGUGGCCCAAAUGGCGGUGGGGAAAACGGAUUCGGCGGAGGAUUCGGCGGGCAAAAUGGUGGUGGACAAAAUGGAUUCGGUGGAGGAUUUGGCGACCAAAAUGGAGGCUUUGGAUUUGGAGAGGGGCGCGGAGAUGGAGGAUUCGGACAGAAUGGCGGCUUCGGUGGGCAAGGAGGAUUUGGCGGCCAGGGCGGAUUCGGAGGCCUCGGCGGAAGGGACCAAUGGCCAACUAGAGCACGUCGAUCCAGCGAGCAUGAAGAACAGGGCCUCGGAGGAGAACAUAGAACCGAAAAUGGAGAACUCGGAGGUUUUGGUCAAAAUGGAGAGAAUAAAGAAGGCCGUCAAUUCGGGAAUGAGCAUUCUGAAGGCAAAGGAAAUGACGAAGAGAGCCACAAAUUCAACAGAGGUGAGAAUGGAGAAAAUGAAGGUGGAGAACGUGUAGCCCGAGCCCCGGGAUUCUUUGGAUCGGACGAAAAUAACCGUGGAUUCACGAGGUCCUACGGAAAUGAAGGCCGUGACGGAAAUAAUGGUCGUUUCGGUGGUCGAAACGGCAAUGAACACCGUCAUGGGAACGGCGAGAACGGUCGACAAAAUCAUGGAAAUCGUGGAAACCAAAAUGGAUUUACUCGGAGUCCUUUUGGAAACGAUAACCAGGACGGAUAUCAUUGGUUUGGAGGGUACUAA